GCGACAGAGUGCGCUACAUGGGCCCGCCCUCGCUCUCCUCUGCUGCACCCCCACCGCCAUCGGCCUCACUUCUGCCACCCUCCAUGCGCGGCCCGCCAGUGGGGUUGAAGGGGCGUGUGGUGGUGGUGCUGGAGGAGAAUCCCCACCGCGUGGGCGUGCGUUUCGACAAGCCCAUCCCGGGCGGCAACAGUCUCGUGGACGUGUGCGACGAUGGGCAUGGCGCGUGGUGCCACGUGUCGGAGCUGCGGCUGGAGGGGGCAGCAGCAGACGACGUGGAGAAGCAGCUGGUGGACCAUUGCAUGGCGGUGGCAGCAACCGUAGCGGCCACAUCUCCGCUCAUUGUGUUCAUCCCGGGCGCAGACAGAAUCGCAGCAGCGCAUUACGAGCGGCUCGUGAGGCUAGAGCGCAUGGAGCGCUUGGGUGUUGUUGGGGAGAGAGGCGCGGAGAAGGGGGAGAAGGGAGAGAAAGGGGAGAAGGUGAAGGAGGGGAAGGAGAAGAGUGAGCCGCUGCGGCUGGUGGUGAUUGGCUCUCACACAGUGCCACCCAAGAAGGACAAGGCGCCAGCAGCGGCAGCAGUCCCCAAGACCACGGACAAGCUCUCUGCUCUCCUCGACCUCUCCUUCCUGGACCAGCUCUCCUCACGGCUAGAGGACGGACGGGGGGAUGGUGGAGGGGCCAAGGCGGGCGGCAGGGCGGUGUCUCGCAUCUUCUCCACGUCUAUCCCGGUGCUGCCGCCCGCACAAGACGAUGACGUGGCGCAGCGUGAUUGGGCGAGGCAGCUGGAGGGUGACGUGGAGCUGAUGCGCGCUGAGAGCAACCGCCGCCUGCUUAGAUCGGUGAUGUGCACGGCGGGAGUGGAGUGUGCAGACAUUGACAGACUCUCCAUCGCCUCCCACUCUCUUCCCCAGGAGGGAGCAGAGCGCAUGGUGGGGUGGGCGAUAAGUCACCAGCUGCAGCACACCCCGCAAGUCGACAUGCCUGCUGCCCGCCUCCCCCUCUCGCUCUCCAGUAUUCGGCACGGAGUGGAGGUGGUGGAGGGAGCAUCUCAGCAGCAGCCAGCCACACAGCGCAAGGCGCUCAAGGACGUGACGUGUGACAACGAUUUUGAGAGGCUGCUACUGGGGGAGGUGAUACCUGCGGAGGAGCUGGGGGUGCGCUUUGAGCACAUCGGCGCAUUGGAGGGCGUGAAGGAGGCUCUAAGAGAGGUCGUCAUGCUGCCACUUCAGCGACCAGAGCUGUUUCAAACGGGCCAGCUCACUAAGCCGGUACGGGGGCUGCUGCUGUUCGGCCCACCGGGCACGGGCAAGACGAUGCUGGGCAAGGCGGUUGCUACUGAGUCAGGGGCCAACUUCAUCAGCCUCUCCAUGGCCUCCGUGGCCUCAAAGUGGUUCGGCGAGGCGGAGAAGUAUGUGAAGGCCGUGUUCACGCUGGCCAGUAAAAUUGCGCCAUGUGUCAUUUUCGUGGACGAGGUGGACAGCAUGCUCGGAAGGAGAGGCGGCGACUCGGAGCACAGUGCAAUGAGGAAGCUCAAGAACGAGUUCAUGGCGGCAUGGGACGGGCUGCGCUCCAAGCAAGCCGAGCGCAUCCUCGUGCUCGGCGCCACCAACCGCCCGCACGACCUUGAUGACGCCGUCAUUAGACGGUUCCCCAGAAGGUUGUUCGUGGAUCUGCCUGACUGCGCCAACCGAGCCAAGAUUCUGAAAGUCAUUCUCAAGGAUGAGGACGUGGAGCCGGGCUUUAGCACCGAUGAGCUCGCUGCUGCCACUGAUGGCUACUCUGGCAGCGACCUCAAGAACCUGUGUGUGACAGCAGCGUUCUUGAGAAUAAAGGAGUUUCUGGAUAAGGAGAAGAAGGAGAAGGAGGAGGCAGAGAGGAGAGAGGGAGGUGCGGAGGGCAGCAGUGGAAGCAGCAGCGCAGCAGCAAGUGGCAGCCGGGAGGGCGAGGCUGGUGCCUCUCAAGGCUCGGCUUCCCCUGCCGCUGCUCCAUGCCUGCGGCCAAUCAGCAUGGAGGACACGCGGAAGGCCAUGGAGAAGGUGCGGGCGAGUGUGAGUAGCGAUGCAGCAGCAAUGAUGGAGCUGAUGCAGUGGAACGAGCAGUUCGGGGAGGGUGCCUCGCGCAAGAUCACCCCGCUCUCCUACUUCAUGUGA